AUGAGACUAACGAGGUUUUCUGUAUCUCUUUUUGUUCAGGUGUACGCGGUUGAAAUUAUUCGUGACGUGGCGCACACGUUGAAAAGAAACGGGGAGAGUUUCAUACGCCAUCAACGCUUGGCGUCUUUGAAGUCGGAGAAGUUCGCGUCCGAGCUGCAAGCGAUAUCGAACCGAGCGAAUAGUUCCGGUAUCGAUAUCGGAAACAUCGAAAAGAACAAGAAAAAUUACGAUUUGUUGAACGAUGUUUUACACAUCAACGGUUUCUUGAACGCGGUGUCGUACUCUUUGAACGAAACGAGCAAAGAGUACGGAAACUUUCUCGAUAAGUUCGAACACCAACUUUCAGACGUCGUGGCUAAGAUGGAAUUGAGUUUCGCGAGAAAAUUAAAAGGCGCGUUUGACGAACACGAGAAGGUGUUCAAUCAGCUCGCGCCGUGUCGAGAAAAGCUGGCGAAACUCCAUCAACUUCCCGAAGAGAAGCAAGAGUCGCCCGGUAAAGCUAAAGAAAUCGAUCGAUACGAGAUUUUGGAAAAUAAAAGAGAGUCGCAAUUAAAAGGAACGACUUCGAUGUUGUUGGAUCGAUGUAAGUGUUUUCUGCGAGAAAAUGAGCCGAGAGUACGCAUGGCGAUCUUUGCGUACAAAGUCGCCGAGUACGACACGUACGUAAAAAUGGCCGAUUCGAUCAAGCAAAUCGCGAGCGAACGAGAAGAUGGCAUCGAGGAGUUGAAGAAGAUGGUCGAAGAGUACGAAGAUACCUCGAAACACGCGGUUCCGAGACUUUUGCCGCCGAAAGAAGAACGACAAGACGAGCAGCCGCCUCCGUCGAUCGAAGAGCCGAAGACGCCCGGACCGAAAACGCCGGGUAUCGAGGACAGGAAAGGCGGCGUCCACAUUCAAGAGGAAGACGAGGACGAAGAAGAUAAGGAAGAAACAGUUUCGAGCUCUACACCAUCUUCGUGA